AAGGGGGAGAGCGCGACACCGCGGCGGGGGCAAUGGCGACGACGAAGGCGCGCGCGGCGUGCCUGCUGGUGGCCUGGGCGCUGGUCGCCGCCGAUCUGCUCGGCACGGGCCUCGCCCGCGCGUCCCUGGGGAAGGAGCAGCGCGAGUUCGACUACUUCGCGUUCGCGCUGCAGUGGCCGGGCACCAUCUGCCCCUCCACCCGCUACUGCUGCGCCAUCAACGGCUGCUGCCGGCCGGAGCCGCUCCAGACGUUCACGAUCCACGGGCUGUGGCCGGACUACGACGACGGGACCUGGCCGUCGUGCUGCCGCGAAACCAACUACGACGCGGACAAGAUAUUGUCUCUGAAGCCGGUGAUGGACCUGUACUGGCCCUCCCUGUACUGCUCGACCUCCUCCACCUGCUUCAGCGGCAAGGUUCCCUUCUGGGCUCAUGAGUGGGAGAAGCAUGGAACGUGCUCGUCCCCUGUUGUUGAGGAUGAACUGCAGUACUUCUCUACUGCCCUUGACCUCUACUUCAAAUAUAACGUUACAGAAAUGCUGGCGACUGGAGGUAUCCUGAUCUCAAAUGGUGAACAAUAUGCACUGACUGAUGUCAUCAGUACCAUCAAAAAUGCUUUUGGAGGCUCACCACAGAUCAUUUGCAAGAAGGGCUCGGUUGAAGAACUAAGGUUGUGCUUCACCAAAGAUUUGAAGCCUCGUGAUUGCCUCACUACUUCUGCAUUGUCCAAAAACUUGUUGAAAUCAAGUUGCCCUAAAAACAUCUCCCUGCCAACAUAUGAUCCCAAUGCAUUCAUAAAUUCAACCUUGGCGGUUCUCCCAGAAGCCAGCAACAGUGAGAUGUAUUUUUAUACAUCCUAAGACACCAUUACAGCAACCGUGCAUUCUAUGGCCAUGAUGAAGCAGAUAUCUUCUGGACUCUUGGCUGCUUUGAAGACAUAGCCGCAGAUGCUGGUGAAAGGUGUUCCUGGUCUGCAACCAUUUGUAAAUAAGACAAUUCCACAUUACCAUCUGAGAACAGAUUAUUCGAUUAUGUUCUGGUUAUUUUCUAUUUCUGUACUCAUGGAAAUCAAAUAGCCAAUGACCGAAUGUAUACAUUUACAUUAUUCUGAAGCUGGGGCAAGUCCCUUCGUCGUUCA